AUGCGUGAUCUUCAAUUUCUCAGCAUCUACGAGACAAAACGUGAUCCAAAUGUUAGAGUGCAUUUGCCUGAGGAGAUGAGUUUUCCACCUCUUCUAAGGAUGUUAGGAUGCUGGCAACUGAGAAAAAUUCCAGAUGUCUCCACCAACAUCAAAUCACUCGCAAUCGGAGACACAAUGUUACAAGAGUUUCCUGAAUCAAUUAGCCUUUGGUCUCACCUUCAGAGUCUCAACAUAUAUGGCAGUCUCCUUACAAAGCCACUUUUGGAAACCACGUCGCAAGAAUUCUCCCUCGCUACAAUUGAGAGGAUUCCAGAUUGGAUCAAAGAUCUUAAUGGGGUAAAGUUUCUUUAUAUAGCUGGCUGUCCAAAACUUGCAUCACUUCCAGAGCUCCCUCGUUCGCUCAGAAAACUAACAGUAGACAAUUGUGAGUCACUGGAGACGGUAUGUUUUCCUUUUGACACUCCAAGAACUGAGUUUCUCUACUUCCCAAACUGUUUCAAGUUGUGCUCAGAAGCAAAGAGAGUAAUAACACGGAAAUCAUUUAGAGCUUACUUUCCAGGAAAAGAGAUGCCUGCUGAGUUUCAUGAUCAUCGAUCAUUUGGAAGUUCCUUGACCAUCCGUCCGGUUAUCUGCAAGUUUAGGAUUUGCUUGGUGCUUUCUCCUAAACCAGAUAUGGAAGAAGCUUAUUUCGAAUUAAUGUUUCGCAUACGUGCAAAAGGUUGUCCCAGUGAUGAAGACAUGAUUUGGUUAGAUCUCCCUAAAAUCCGAGCGGAACAUCUACUUAUAUUUCACGUUGAGUUUGUUGAACAUCACGAGGAGGUGGUGUUUAAAUUCAGCACAUCAUCCCAUGAAGUUGACGUUACUGAAUGCGGUGUCCAGGUCUUGAUGGAUGAAACCAGCAGAAGAAGCAUAGGGAGCGAUGCAUCUUGUUCAGAACAAGUAUCUGACGACGGCGAUGAAGUUGUCUCUGAUGAUAAGAGCAAUGAGUUUGAUGAACCUAGAGUAAUUUUUCUUUGUGAAUCUAAAAAAGAUUCGAUUGAUUUCGGAUUUGAUCAUAUCAUUCAUGUGUCAAUUUAUCAACACAAACUCGGUAGUAGAAGUUUGAGGGGCAUAUCUUUUGAUAUGUCGAGAAUCGUAGACAACGUGGAUAUAAGCGCAAAAGCUCUUAAGAGUAUGUGUAAUCUUCGAUUCCUUAAGAUCCACAUGACAAGAUUUGAUACAAAUGUUGAGAAAUUGCAUGUACCCAAGGACAUGGAUUUUCCGGCUCGUCUAAGGUCAUUACAUUGGGAUUUAUACCCGAGAAAGUUUCUUCCUCGUACAUUUUGUCCUGAAUAUCUUGUGGAUCUGGAUUUGGGAUGGAACCAGCUUGAGAAGCUUUGGGAAGGAACCCAGCCACUUGCAAAUCUCAAGAAGAUGAAUUUGUUAGCGUCCAUGAAUUUAAAAGAACUUCCAGAUCUUUCAACGGCUACAAAUCUCGAGAAGCUGGUUCUUCGUGGUUGCUCCAGUUUGGUAGAGAUUCCUUCCUCUAUUGGAAAUCUUCACAAACUAGAGUUCUUGGGGAUGGAUUACUGUACACAGCUACAAAUGGUUCCAACUCAUUUCAACUUGGCAUCUCUUGAAAGUGUCGAGAUGGUUGGAUGUUGGCAGCUGAGAAAAAUUCCAUAUAUCUCCACCAACGUCACAAGACUAACAAUAGCAGAAACAAUGCUGGAAGAACUGCCUAGGCUUUGGUCUCGCCUUGAAACGCUCAUUAUACACGGUAGUGCCAAUAGAUCGCAGUUCAAGGUGGAGAAGUUUAUAAAGCGGAGUGGCGCAGAUAUAGAGAAGAUUCCUGAUUGGAUCAAAGAUCUUCAUGGUUUAGCAUGGCUUCAUAUAAUUGGCUGUCCAAAGCUUGCAUUAAUACCAGAGCUCCCUGGCACUCUCAGAGGACUAAUAGUAGACACUUGUGAGUCACUAGAGACCUUAUCUUUCUCUUUUGACUCUCCAGUUUUGUUUCUUGAUUUCCCCAACUGCUUCAAAUUGGAUCAAGAAGCAAGAAGAGUGAUUACCCAUCAAUCAUUUAAGGCGUCUCUACCCGGAAGAAAUGUACCUGAGGAGUUUUUUCAUAGAGCUAUAGGAAAUUUGUUGACCAUCCGUUCAGAUUUCAAAAAAAUUAGAAUUUGCGUUGUGGUUUCCCCUAAACAGGAGACUGAAGACUCGUGCAAGUUACUGUGUCGCAUAUGCAUAAACGGUUUCCCCGAUGAUGACAACGUAAUUUGUGAUUUCAGUAGAUUCAGAGAAGAACAUUUGUGUAUACGUCGAUGUACCUUGCAUGACAAGGAAGGAUGGCUUGAACAAAACAACGAGGUAUCGUUUGAGUUCAGCACCGCAUCCAAGAACAUCGACAUUAUUGAAUGUGGUGUCCAGAUCUUGGCAGAGGAAACAAACGUAAGUCUAACCAUCCAGGAAAACUGUGAGUCUAUACGAGAACAAGUGCCUACACCAGAACAAAUGAUUGAUAGGAGGAAGGAGUUUGGUGUACCUAGAGCAAAACUCAUUUCUCAGAUCAAUAUGUAUAAGAUCUUUAUGUUUUUUUAUUUGUUUUCCCUUUUGGAUUUUGAUUUCAGAUGUUAUGUUGUAUUGAACUUUCUAUUUACCAUUUAG